AUGUCCAAAAAGGUGGUCAUAGUCGGCGGUGUUGGCGGAGGCAUGUCCGCUGCCACCCGCUUGCGUCGUCUGGACGAAUCAGCAACCAUUACCGUGUUUGAGAAAGGACCUUACGCUGGCUACGCAAACUGCGGUAUACCUUAUGCUCUGGGUAAGGUGAUCAAAGAUGAUGAAUCUCUGAUUUUGCACACACCAAAGUAUUUCAAGGAAUAUUUCAACAUCGAUGUUCACCUCAACACCGAAGUUGUUGAGAUUGACCGUACAAACGAGCAACUCAUCCUUUCUCAAGGCGCUGAAGCUGUGCUUCCGCAGAUCGUUGGAGCGGAUCAGAGCCAUGUGGUCACUCUACGGACCAUCUCCGAUCUACAAGCUAUUCGAUCUAUCAUGGUCGAACGAUGCGUGAGGGAUGUUUGCAUCAUUGGAGGCGGAUUCAUCAGCCUUGAAGCGGCCGAAAAUUUGAGAAAGAUGAAGUUUGGAGUCUCAAUUGUCGAACAAUGGACCCAUGUCUUGCCCUCAAUAGAUGCCGAUAUCGCGCAGUUUCUUCACACAGAACUGAAGCGCAAUGGUGUGAAGUUAUACCUGAAUGAUACUGCAAGAAGAAUCGAAACUUCUCAUGUCGUCUUAGCCAGCAAUGGAAGAGAAAUCCCUGCCGAAUUGGUCAUUCUAGCUGUGGGAGUAAGGGCAAGAACAUCACUGGCAAAGAUGGCGGGUCUGGAAGUGGGAACACAAGGAGUCAAGGUUGAAUCACACAUGGAAACAUCCGAUGAAGACAUCUACGCUGUAGGUGAUAUGGUUGAGACAAAACAUAUCAUUCAACAGCAGCCAAAGGUAGUUGCUCUAGGGGGGCCAGCAAAUCGACAAGGCCGACUCGCCGCAGAUGAUAUAGCCGGCAGACCGGUGCACUAUCGGGGCAACAUUGGCACAAUCAUCUGUCAAGUCUUCGAUUUAACGGUCGGUUUGGCUGGCCUGUCCGUCUCGGCGUUGCGUGACUUGGGACAGGAGCCGCUCUGGGUUACAGUGCAUCCUCCACACCAUGCUAGGUAUUAUCCCAACGCCCAUCCAAUCACGAUCAAGACUGCGCUCGAAAAAGGCACAGGUCGUAUUUUGGGGGUGCAGGCAGUGGGAAUGACUGGCGUGGACAAGCGAAUAGACGUACUGGCGACGGCGAUGCAAGCCAGGAUGACAGUCUUUGACCUGGAACAUCUCGAACUGAGCUACGCACCGCCCUAUGGCUCGGCUAAGGAUCCUGUGAACAUGGUCGGAUUUGUUGGCUCGAACUUGCUUCGCGGGGACUAUCAGAUCGUACACGCCGAAGACAUCAACAUCAAGAAUCUUCAUGCCUGGCAAGUCGUGGAUGUUCGCUCCCCCGAGGAGUUUGCGAAUGGCCACCUCCCGGGCGCAAUCAACCUACCAAUUGCAACACUGCGCAAUCAGAAAUUGGAGCUUGAUCAAUCCAUGCCGGUUCUUGUGUACUGCUAUGUGGGCUACCGGGGAUACUUGGCUUUCCGUAUCCUCAGUCAGAGAGGAUUCAGCGUAGUAAACCUUGAUGGCGGACUGAAAACAGUAGUCGAGGGGGGAACCAGGCUUUGA